UACCCAACGGCUGCCUAGAUAUCUGACUGGAGAACUAACAAUCUCAAAAUCUGUCAAUCAUUCAACGUGUUACACAUAAAAAAAAAUUGCAAAAAUACCAAGAAUAAUGACAACAAAGGAAAGCUGUUGGUUAGGUCACAUAAGGCCAGCCAUCUGAGGAUUAAUCAAUAGUGUUUAUUGAAUAGAAACUUACUCAUAUUUCAAUCAAGAAAGCCAAGAUUGUAGUGCUCUAUUGAUCCUUCACAGUUACAUUUCGAAAGUAGCCAAAUUCUAAGAAAUAACAUACAAGAACUAAAGCCAAUACUUUUUACUCUCAAAUCCUCUACUGUUUAGCCUUUAUCCAUAGCUGUGCAAUGGAGUAACAAAAUGAUUUCAUUUCAAUUAAAGUAUGACAAAGUGUGUAAAAAAACAGACGGAGGGAAACUCCCUGUCAAGAAUUUGCAGGAUUCUUAUCUCAGCAUUAUGUGCAGGGAUAUCAACGAGUAACGAUUAUUUCAGUGAGAGAAGAAUAGACUCGGAUCCUUUUUUCAACGUGCUGAACCCAGAGGGAACGGUCAAUUUGUUCGUCUCUACCAGUGUAGUUGACAACAGCAACAAAACUCCAAUGGUGUGCACUCGUAUCUCGGAACAACAUCGUACUCAAAAGUUAAGUAGAAUCGGUUGCACGUUCACAGAUAGCCUGGUCGGCCCAGCACUUCCUGAGAAGUGCGCAAUAGCGUACGAUGAAUCAGGACUUUUCGGUUCUGUGGUCUGCUACGCACUUCAUCAACAAGCUCAACAAACAGGUUCAGUUCUUUGCAGCAGUGUGUAUAGUCAACACAGUCUUGUUGUCCUUGUAGAUUGCGUUAACGUCGGGAUGACUUUAGAACAAGUCGGACCCACAUUUUGUGAACGUGUCUACGACCUGGCAGGUCAGAAAAUGAUUGCGGUUUGUACUACUGUUGUGGAAGUUUUCAGGAUUGCUAGUUCUUAUAUCUGCGUGACUGUAUUCGACCACGAUCUUCAGAAAUGCUACAAACUUUGCAAACUUGAGAGAUAUAAUGUACAAGAAGCGAAGUCUUUGACUUGCACAGUGGCCAGUAGAAUUAAUGGAAAAGGUAUUGGAAUAGUAUGUCAAUUAAUUUCGAAAUUAGAGGCCAAAGUUGACGAAUUGUCCUGUUUCAUCUCAUACGAUCUAGUUCAUAAUACCGGCUAUUUACACUGCACUGACGUCACGCCAGGGCUUGUUUCAACGGGUUUUCUCAACUGUACCAUCUUAGAAGAAAAAAUACUUAAAACCGCUUUCACAAUUUGCAUUAACGCUUACUCUUUGGGUAAAAGCUUAGGUACCUCCGUAUGCUUACACGCUUUUAACCAGGACUCAGGAACCAGUUCAAAUUUCUGUACAGAAAUCAUCAAUGUAAUAAAACAAUUAGUGGCGAUAGAUUGUAAACGCCAACAUAGCGGCUUUCAAAAAUCUGUGACUUGCAAAACACUUUAUGUCGUCAAAGACGCAUCUGAAAAAAUGGAAUGUAAUAGUUUUUUCAGCAUUAACAGUUUAAAAGGUUGGGUGUCAUGCGAACUGCAGAAGAAAGAGAUCAAGAAACCUGUUGAACCUGAUAAGCCUCCGAAACCUGAACAGAAGAUUGUAGCCGUACACAGAAAACAAGAAAAACAGGAGGAAGGUUUUUUUAGCUCAAUAUUUUCCUACUUCAAAAACAAAUUAUAUGACCUUGCAAUAAAUCGUUUUGGUAUGUCGGAGAAAGUUAUACAGUGCAUUCAUGCAGUCUGGAAUCUAGUUUCCACCCUCAAUGUGUUCGCUUUAUAUGAUCUCGUGGAAAAAUGCUAUAAGUUCAUACUGAGUAAUUUUUACAAAGCUUCUAUCAACUCACUCUGUCAGUCUGUCUGUCAAAAAGUUUGUACACAUUACUUCUCCCACACCCAAUCUCGGAUCAAUCUGAAACUUGUGCACAAUCAUCUCUUUUUCCUGACAAAACUAGAACCAAUUGAAAAAAAUAUAAUUAAUUAGUUAAUAAACUAUUAUUAAUAAAUUAUUUUGUUUAGUAUCUCAAAAAAGGAACAGAAAUUGUAAUUGACUCAAGCUGAAUUAGUUCCCUGUAAAGGUCGACGCUCUAAAUUGAGACAAACUAUAUAUAACCAUACAAUUUUCUCUAGUCAUAAGUACCGUUUAGUUUAGUAUAUUGUUUGAACAUAAAGUAGGUUUGAUUACAAAUUUUUGUGUGUGUUUAUUUUUUCAAUUUUAAAUUCAUAUUUUUUCUCUCUA